GCAUAGUUUAAUUAGCUUUUGAUUACUUGUAACAGCCACUGACUAUCGACGCAAUAGUACAUUAGGUACAUAACAUAGUAAAGUGAAAGUCUUACACGGAAUAUAAUAGGCAGGAGAAUGUAGAUCACUUGGAUACGAAUUCUAGGUAUGCUCUUCCAUUCUUGUCGUAAAACUGAGAUCUUCUGUAGAACCUCAUCUUUCUACCUUCUCAAACACAAAUUCGUCACUAUUAUUUUUAUUUUUAUUUUUUUCCGUGCCCGAGAGCUCCGUAGUUGAGACUACCUAGAGCUAGACGGUCAAAUAUGCGCGCCUUCACUUACUUCCUUCUCUCUUUCAUCGGCGUAGCUCACGGCCUACCGGUACUCUUGGCCGAGCACAAGCGGGACCAGCUCAUCAACCUCAGUCCCAAUCUCGAUCUUGGACUCGGAGUUGAUAAUGAUAACUCCUGCCUUGGGCUAGGCAUCUCCGUGUGCGAUCCCAUCACCGUCGACUCUAAGAAGAACGACACCGUUGUACAUGACACCGGCUCCAAGGCUAAGGCAGAGCCUAGCACCAAUGACAGUGGCUCUGGGGACUCCCUGAUCAACUUGAGUCCCGACGUCGACCUUGGCCUCGACUUGAGCAAUGAAAACAGCUGCUUAGGCAUCGGCAUCAGUGCCUGCGAUCCUAUUACUGUCGGCUCAGAUGUCACCAAGACAGUCAAGGACGGUGGCGACGAGGCCAAGGUUGAACCAUCUUCUACGGCAUCUACCACAGCUACACCUGCACCUGCAACAUACCCUGUUCAGUCUAGUCCCCCCAGUAGCACCAGUGCUAGCAGCAGCAGCCCAACUAGUAGCCCUACUACCAACAGCGGCGGUAACAGCCUACUCGACCUCAGUCCCAAAAUCGCACCAGAUCUCAACCUAAGCAACGACAACAGCUGUCAAGGCAUUGGCAUUUCCGCCUGCGACCCCAUCACGGUGGAUUCCAUCGUCAAAAACAUAAGCUCAUAAUCUCAUAUUUUAUUUAAGUACGAGUUAAGAGGCACCUAGGAAAUUUGGCUCUGUAAUUGUUGUUGUCUGGGAGGAAAAUAUGUAAUUUAAAAAGUUGUCUUGUUACUACUUACUUACUACCUUGUCUCAAAUACGUUCCUUCAUGUACAUAGUUUGAUACCUCACAUUGACUAAUAUUAUUUACUAUUGGCGGC